GUUGGUCCUAGGUUUCGGGAGGCUCAUCUACCCUCAUCAAGGCUGUGAGGGGUGUCUCGGUUUAGCAGCUGACCCCGGGACGUUCUGGUGCUUAUUUACUACGUGGCUUUAAUCACCAGACAGCAACGAAGAUGCCGAUUAACAAAGCAGACAAGCCGGAGUCCUGCGAUAACGUAAAAGUUGUGGUACGAUGCCGUCCCCUGAACGAGCGAGAGAAAGUUAUGGGCAGCAAGAUGGCAGUAAAUGUGGAUGAAAUGAGAGGGACCAUUGCUGUUCAUAAAGUGGACUCCAUGAAUGAACCGCCGAAGACUUUUACAUUUGACACAGUGUUUGGACCAGACAGCAAACAGCUGGAUGUUUACAACUUAACAGCCAGACCUAUCAUUGACUCAGUACUGGAAGGUUACAAUGGGACCAUAUUUGCAUAUGGACAGACUGGAACGGGGAAGACCUUUACUAUGGAGGGAGUUCGAGCUGUUCCGGAGCUGAGAGGCAUCAUACCCAACUCUUUCGCCCACGUAUUUGGACAUAUUGCUAAAGCCGAGGGAGAUACAAGAUUUUUGGUCAGAGUAUCUUAUUUGGAAAUAUAUAAUGAAGAAGUACGAGACUUGCUUGGGAAGGAUCAAAACCAAAGACUGGAGGUGAAAGAGAGGCCUGAUGUGGGCGUUUACAUCAAGGACUUGUCUGGCUAUGUGGUGAACAAUGCAGAUGAUAUGGACAGGAUCAUGACCUUAGGGCACAAAAAUCGUUCUGUUGGUGCUACAAAUAUGAAUGAACACAGUUCACGAUCUCACGCAAUCUUUACAAUUACUAUUGAAUGCAGCGAGAAAGGUGCAGAUGGAAACAUCCAUGUCCGCAUGGGGAAACUUCAUCUUGUAGACCUUGCGGGAUCAGAAAGACAAGGAAAGACCGGAGCGACUGGACAAAGACUAAAAGAAGCCACAAAAAUUAACCUCUCUCUUUCCACACUGGGCAAUGUCAUAUCUGCUUUGGUUGAUGGGAAAAGUACUCAUGUACCAUACAGGAACUCCAAGCUCACUAGACUGCUUCAGGACUCACUGGGUGGAAACUCCAAGACUAUGAUGUGUGCAAAUAUCGGCCCGGCGGAUUAUAAUUACGAUGAAACGAUCAGCACUUUAAGAUAUGCAAACAGAGCCAAAAAUAUAAAGAACAAAGCUAGAAUCAACGAGGAUCCCAAGGAUGCUCUGUUACGUCAGUUUCAAAAAGAAAUCGAGGAACUCAAGAAGAAGCUCGAGGAAGGGGAGGAGAUUUCUGGCUCUGAUGAAAGUGGUUCAGAUGAAGAUGAUGAUGAAGAUGGAGAAUUUGGUGAGGAUGGAGAAAAGAAGAAGAAGAGGCGAGGCAAAAAGAAGGUGUCUGCUGAUAAGAUGGUAGAGAUGCAAGCAAGGAUUGACGAGGAAAGGAGGGCACUUGAAGCAAAACUUGACAUGGAAGAAGAAGAAAGAAACAAAGCAAGAGCAGAGCUGGAACGGAGGGAGAAAGAUUUACUUAAGGCACAGCAAGAACAUCAGUCACUUCUUGAGAAAUUGUCUGCAUUGGAGAAGAAGGUUAUUGUUGGAGGCGUAGACCUGCUAGCAAAAGCCGAGGAACAAGAGAAGCUUCUGGAUGAAUCUAAUUUGGAGCUCGAAGAACGUAGAAAAAGAGCUGAGAAACUUCGGAAAGAGCUAGAGGAAAAAGAGCAAGAACGUUUGGAUAUUGAAGAGAAGUACACAAGCUUGCAAGAGGAAGCCCAGGGUAAAACCAAAAAGCUCAAGAAAGUAUGGACAAUGCUAAUGGCAGCAAAGUCUGAGAUGGCUGAUCUUCAACAGGAGCAUCAAAGGGAAAUUGAAGGUUUAUUGGAGAACAUAAGGCAACUUAGCCGAGAGCUACGACUUCAGUUUAUUAUAAUUGAUAGCUUUAUUCCUCAAGAGUAUCAGGAAAUGAUAGAAAAUUAUGUUCAUUGGAAUGAAGAUAUAGGCGAAUGGCAGUUGAAAUGCGUGGCAUAUACUGGCAACAACAUGCGGAAGCAAACUCCUGUCCCGGACAAGAAAGAAAAGGAUCCCUUUGAAGUAGACUUGUCUCAUGUAUAUUUGGCUUACACAGAGGAGAGUCUACGUCAGUCCCUAAUGAAACUGGAGCGACCAAGAACCUCAAAAAGCAAAUCAAGACCCAAAACUGGACGAAGGAAGCGCUCUGCCAAGCCAGAAGCUGUGAUUGAUUCUCUUCUUCAGUGACAUUUUGCCCCGCUGAUCAGGAAAUCACCUGCCCAGAGGUUUAAUUUAAUAUCUUAAACCUCGUGUUUGAGUGCAAUUUCAAUAUUCUGAUAGAUCUUAAAGCAUGUCAAGUUUUCCUAGUUAGGAUAUUUGACGAGAUGCAAAAGAAACAAUUUUACUCAAAUUGUCUUCACGUGAGCAGCACUUUGUCCCUCGUAAUUUCAGUUUAACCUUACUCUUGUUAGGAGUCUGAUACCAGUAUUUGUUGUGAGAAAACAAAAAAUGUGAGUUUUAAUGUAAAAUAUAAGAACUGGGAUGGUUACUAGGUUAAGGGAGCUAGCAAUUUCAUUAUUAAAUGGCAGGCUUUUCAUAUUGUAAUGUGAAUACUUUGAUAUUUUUUCCCUCCAAAAUACUUUUGUGUAUGCACUGUCCCAAUGUACAGAUUUUUUUAUGUAAUUUGUUGAUUUACAAUAUUUUUUUGAAUUUUUUCUGGUACCUGUUGCAUGUCUUUGCUUAAAAAUGUGAAAACAUAAAUAAAAGCAUCGUGGGCUGCUAGUUUGAUGCAAACAACCAGGUUAGUAUGAUUAUAAACAUAUUGUAGAUUUCCCAUAUAGUCCCAUAUAGCCGCUGGUAAGAUCCCUAAGUACUUAUUUGGAUGUAUUACCUGAAGCUAAAUUUCUUUCAAUGCGUCUGUUGGUAAAGCCAUGCCCCGCACUGAUUGGUUCAUUUUUUUAACCCCUUAAUGACAAAGCCCGUUCAUGUAAGGGCUAAAAAUGCAUUGUUUUCAAUGGGUUUAGGGACCACCCAUUGUCCUUAAGGGGUUAAAUCUCUAACUGACUACGAACACUAUCCCUUAUAGCUGAUUGAAUGCCUUUUUGUUAAUUGACCCUUUAUCACGGCAGACGAAAUGUAGAGCACUGGCCGGAAUGAAAAUUGUCAAUAGUAGUUACAACCAUGUAUUAUUCAAUUAAUGAGUUCGUGAGAGGAUAUUCCAAAUGAGUAAUUUCUUCAGUUGUUUUGCAUAUUUAUUACACUUCAGUCUUGACCACUUCAUCUGUAUUGGGUUGCAUCAUCACUGUCUAUUGUAUGAACGUGCUGUACUUUAUAAAUAAACUGUUCAAAAGUAG